UGUAGCGAAAACUAACUUUGAGUCCUUUUGACAGAAGUUUGCACGGAUUAUGAAUAAGUUUUCGUCGAAGUCUUAAAAUUCGACUCUUUUAUUUUACAUAUCAGGAUUUUGAAUAUAUUAGUAUAGUUGAAAAACAGUUAUUCUGUAAUCCCUGUGCGAUUUCUUAGGGUAUUUACAAAAAUGCAUACAUGUCGACAGUUAUUAAAUAGUCCGGCACGGUGGAAAUCUGCACUACCUUUCAAUUUCAAACAAACAAUACUCUACAACAAAUCAGAUCAGGGCUAUUUAUUUCAGUACACCGUGCAAGAAUGUCGUCAAUACUCAGCACGGAAGGGGUUCUUCUCGUCCAUCAUCGAGAACAUCAAGGAGGACAUAGCAAAGAACAAGGAGAUGAAGGACAACAUCAAGAAGUUCCGCGAGGAGGCACAGAAGCUAGAGAACUCAGAAGCAUUGCUGGCUGCGAGAAGAAAGUUCCAUGCUGUUGAAUCAGAAGCUUCCAAGAGCUCGGAAGUACUGAAGGAGACGCUAGAAGGCAUCAAGGGCAAGAUGGAGCAUGUCAUUGAAGAAGCUAGCAAAACUGAGAUUGCCAAGAAAGCUGGACAAAUAAAAGAAGACUUAUCGAAGACUGCAAAGGGUGCAGCUGAGAGCAUAGCAGACACGGGCUCCAAGCUGGGUCAGACUACUGCUUUCAGGACCAUUUCACAAGCGACGGCGGUAGUGAAGGACGAGAUAUCACCGCGCGGGCUGGAGGGCCGCGUGUACAUGGCGCCCGCCGCGCUACGGAAACGUGUCGAGGUUGCUUCGGACGAGCGAACAUUCGCCCCGGACACAGAGACUGUAGGCGUGGAGCUACACAAGGACUCCAAGUUCUACCAGCAGUGGGAGAACUUCAAGAACAACAACCAGUAUUUCAAUAAGGUACUAGAUUGGAAAAUUAAAUACGAAGAAUCCGACAAUCCUGUGGUAAAAGCGUCUCGGUUCGUCACGGAGAAGGUAGGCAGCUUGUUCGGCAACAUAUUCGAAAAGACGGAACUGUCCAAGACGCUCACCGAAAUCUGCAAGAUCGACCCCAACUUUACGGCACAGAAGUUCCUCGAGGACUGCGCGAACGAUAUCAUACCGAAUAUUCUCGAAGCCAUGGUACGUGGAGACUUAGAUAUACUUAAGGAUUGGUGCUACGAGGGAGUGUUCAACAUUCUGGCGACGCCCAUCAAACAGUGCAAACACCUCGGCUAUCACCUGGACUCAAAGAUCCUGGACAUCGAACAGAUAGAGCUGGUCAUGGGUAAGAUGAUGGACCAGGGACCAGUGCUCGUGAUCACAUUCCAGUCGCAGCAGAUCAUGUGCGUCAGGGACAGCAAGAACAAAGUGAUAGAGGGCGACCCCGACAAGGUGAUGCGCGUCAACUACGUGUGGGUGCUCUGCCGCGACCCGCAGGAGCUCAACCCCAAGGCGGCCUGGCGGCUGCUCGAGCUCUCCGCCAGCAGCGUCGAGCAGUUAAUAUAGGAGAACUAUUGUAGACUUGAAUUAAAUCGUUGACAUUUUAUUAUAUGGUUUUUAUAAACCUGUUCAAGAUUUCCUGCGAGGCCCCGACAUUAGACCAAACGUUCCGGACUUGUGCCGCGUAAAUAUCGUACCUGUGUUGCGGGCCUGCACUAGACUGUUAUGUGAAACUAUAGCGAGUUAAUUAAUUAGUUACGACUUAAAUGAUAAUAGAAAGUCUAUGAAAUAUUAUAUGUCUCUAAUAUUGUAUAUGUAUCGCUUAUGUAAACAGUCAUGUGUAAAAUAUUGCCAAAGCGGUAUCUACCAGCCAAUGUAAAUAAUGUACCAUGUUUAAGUUAUCCCAGAAGUUACAAAUAGUUUCGUUUGCAAUCGGAUUAGAGCUGUGUUCAAUCGGGAAUUUACUUUUAAGUUUUUUAAUACUCUGAAACCUGGUCAUACAUGGGUACAAAGUUUGUACCUAACAAUGUCAUGUAUUUUCUGUUUAUCUUUAACUACUGAAUAUUGGUGAAAUAUGUUCCUAUCCAAUGAAAUAGCGUAGUCCGUUGUUAGUAAUGAUGAAACAAACGUAUCAUAAGAUGCAAUAGUGGUACCAGCGCGUUGAACGUGUAAGGAAAGGUUUUAGAGUAACAUUAUGUUUUGAGUAAUAAUUUAUGUUUAUUUUGUAUCACUAUUAGUUCGUUUCGAACGAUUUAUUAUUUAUUUUAAUAAAUUGUUUUUAUUUUU